GCUGCUUUGUCCUAUGGUAGGAUUUCUGUCGCUCAAUGUCGUCACCAGACCCUGAGGAGGGACAGCCCUCAAACGUACACAAGCCGGAGGUGGAGGAAGACAGGCCAGCCGCCAACGAGAAAUCAAAAGGUGGAGAAACAGGGCAGCAAGAGACGGACGGAAAGAAAUCUGGUGAAGACACACAGGACGGUGACGCAGAGACCAGAGUCUCUGCUCCUCCGUUACCUGCUGAAGAAGCCCCUCCCCCUCUUCCUAAUGAACCAAUACCCGGAGGAGCUGAGGACGAUGGGUGGGAUGCAUUGUGGGAUGACAGUGCGCAGGCAUACUACUUUUAUAAUCGCUUCACUGGUGUUUCACAGUGGGAGAACCCUCGAAUACCAGAUGCCCAGCAAGGACCUCCUGGCGUAGAGAGCGAAAAAGAUGGUGCGGAGGAAACUCAACAGCAACGGCCUCGUCCUCGUGUUGCGGGAGGUUAUGACCCGGCCAUCCAUGGCGACUACGAUCCAGAUGCCUGGUAUGCGCAGCCCCAACCCGACGAUACCUCUCCGGCCUCCACAGAUCCCAGUGUCCUCUAUACCGCCACAGGUGCAUUCAAUCGCUUUACGGGAAAAUGGCAACCCUUGGGCUUAACACCGGAGAACUUCAAUGACGAGAAUAAAAGCCGUCGGCAGCUCAAUGCAUAUUUCGACGUUGAUGCUGCGGCUAAUAGCCAUGAGGGAAGAAGUCUCAAGGCAGAGCGGUCUGGGAAAAAGUUAACAAAAAAGGAACUGAAGGCGUUCAAGGAAAAAAGAAGGGAGAAGAAGGAGGAAAAGAGGCGUGCCUGGCUGAGAGAUUGAAUCUGGCUAUGAUACGGAGUCUAUUGUUUCAUGUAAUAUGUACUGCACAAUCAGUACAUCGGCCCUUUUCGUGUUUGCCGCCUAUGAACAUUUCUUCUUUUCGGUCGGCAAAAUGCGCUGGAUAUACCUGGUGUUAUGGCGUUUGGAUUUGCAUCUACGGAUUUUGUACAACGGACGAAACUUGGGUUCCUUGCUCUCCACCCGGUGGUCAAGGCAUAGCAUGUAGACAUCGGGUCGCAUUAGCA